AUGUCUGUUCCCCAAGAUUCUCUCGCUCCUAACGGAAACGAUCUACUUCCUUCAAUGGACCAGUUGAAGCUCGAUGACAAUGAGCCUCGUUUAGGACCAGAUGGCGAACCGGCGCCAAAGACGGACGAAGAAUACGCCGUAGCUCAAUUGACACUUCGCGCAAUCGUCUCAUCCAAAGAAGCCGGUGUUAUCAUUGGCAAGGGAGGUAAGAAUGUCGCCGAUUUGCGAGACGAGACUGGAGUAAGGGCCGGUGUGAGCAAGGUCGUGCAAGGUGUUCAUGAUCGCGUCUUGACUAUCUCUGGCGGCUGUGAGGCCAUUUCCAGAGCGUAUGCGAUCGUCGCGCGCGCACUGUUGGAAGGCGCUCCUGCAAUGGGAAUGGGUGGUGUUAUCCAAAGCAGUGGCACCCAUCGUGAGUCUUACCACCGCGCUGGCUUCCCCAAGCCCCGAUCUAAUCAGCAAGUUCGCUACACAGAAAUCAAAUUACUCAUCUCGCACAAUCAGAUGGGCACUAUCAUUGGUAGACAAGGUAUGAAGAUCAAGACUAUCCAAGACAGUUCCGGUGUGCGCAUGGUUGCGCAGAAGGAGAUGCUCCCACAGUCGACCGAACGAAUUGUGGAAGUACAAGGAACGCCCGAUGGCAUCCAGCGAGCCGUCUGGGAAAUUUGCAAGUGUCUCGUUGACGAUUGGCAGCGCGGCACUGGCACAGUGCUCUACAAUCCCGUCGUUCGAACUGCGCCUGGAGGAGCGGGGUCUCUUGGUGGCCCCCCUGGCACUGGUGGGGUAGCUUACGGCUCGUCCGGUAGAGACAAUUAUGGUGGCACUCGUGUGAUGCGCACAGGGAAUGGCGCCGACUUCAGCAAUGGAGGUGUACGCCCGUAUAAUCGCCGAUCCGAUUCUGAUGCGGCUACACGUGGGCCACCUACUCACGACGAAAAUGGAGAGGAGAUCCAGACGCAGAAUAUUAGCAUUCCCGCAGACAUGGUUGGAUGCAUUAUUGGACGUGGCGGGACCAAGAUUAGCGAGAUUCGCAAAACCUCUGGUGCCCGCAUCUCUAUUGCAAAAGCGCCGCAUGACGAGACUGGUGAACGUAUGUUUACCAUUAUGGGUACUUCGAAGGCUAAUGAGUCGGCUCUCUUCCUUCUCUACGAGAACCUCGAGGCAGAGAAAAUGCGCCGCAGCCAGACGCAAUCGCCCGAGUAA